ACACAAUAUCCCUCGGUUCACCCCCAACCAGAUCAUACCCACCACCCAAACCUCGCGAAUAAGGGUCUGUGAGGAAAGGGAUAAACGAUAAGACACCGACAACAUGGAGGACGUCUACUGCAAAGGGAGUGUCCAACAGGGCUCCGCGGACGCUGUGAAGGACGAUAAGUCUUUGGUGUUUUUUGUGGCAGGUUUGUUCGAUCUAACCCCAAUCACACAGAGGAGGGUUCGUGAUCUAAUAUUGUUAGGCGAGAACUGCUGGAGGAGCAUGAAGUGGGAAAGUGAAAAUCUACUGGACGGGGAUGUAUUUCCAUUGCUCAAAGAAAGUAGCAUCGUUUUCAAACUAAAGGCUGGAUCAACGGAGGCUGGCUUCCUUUCCAUGUUUUGCCCUGUGGAGCAAGCGCCGUAUCUGGUUGUUCUAAAGUAAAAUCCCACCCCCACCCCCCCUUCACCUGCUUGCUCAGGCAGGAUUGGGCUGACGAGCGGAAAGGAACGGCUCCCUAGUAACAAAGCUCACCGCCGACACUCCGGAAACCACCUUCGUAGCAUCCUUAAAAUCCGCUCUCUCCCCUGCUACCCCCCCAUCCCUAUCCCCACCCUCGCCGCCCCCGCCCUCAACCCCAUCCCAAAACAACUUGUCAUCCCUCUUCGCCGACCGCCGGGACCGCCUAGAACAGCAGCAGAAAGCCCUCGCUGCCGCGGCCCGUGAGAGGAAAGCGGCGGAGCUCAAACGCCGACAAAACAACUUGACACCCGACCGCAAAAAGUACGUCGAGGAGCAGACGCGCCGCAUAGCAGCUGAGAAGGCUGAAAGGGGUCGUGUCCUGCUGGCCCUCGAGAACGAUCGUAUUGAGCGGGAGGCGCGUGAGCUGAGGAAGCGGGAAGGGCGGGCCGCUGUUUUUGCCACGCAGGUACAAGAUACCGAUCGAGCAGAGGAGGAGAAGGUGGCGUUUAAUGAGGUUUUGAUUAGUGUUAGGUUGCUGCACGGUGGAUUGAUCAAGGCGAGGUUUUUGGAAAGCAAGGGGUUAGGGGAGCUUAGGGAGUGGGUUGAUGAGGUAUGUUUCUUUGCAUCAUCUGCCAUAGUUGCGUGGCGGGCCGGGGUUGAUCGUCCGUGACAUGUAGAAUCGGACGGAUGGGGCGGAAGCGUACACCUUCAUGCAACCGCCUGAUCGGAAGUUCUCGGCUCUCGAUGAGAACAAAAGCCUGAAGGAGUUGGGGCUACCAAAGCUCACAGGUUUGGUACUCCUUCGUCGCUGAUGGUACUGCCGCUGUGCAGUAGAGGGUGGGAAUCCCUAGGGAAGUGGGCUCGUUCAGGGCAUAUAAGCGACAUUAUUGUGAUUUUAUUUUAUUUUAUGCAUGAUAUCAUAAUUAUAUACUUGGCGGCCAAAGUUUCGGUAUCUAUUUUAUCAUGAGAUCUCACUCGCCUGGCUAGCAUGGUAAUGAUGGACUGUACUGUACUAUAUGAUAUAGCAAGCACUGCACGAUGCGCUAUGCGACCUUUUAGGCCCCACAA